CGGAACACGGUUCGUGUGGAUUGGUAAAGUAGAUUUCUGUAGCGGAAAGUUGUCAGGAAGACGUCAAAACUACCAGAUUGUAUUCUACAAGCAACCGGUCCAGAAUAAAACAACAACAACAAAAACCUUGGACAUAAACCCUUGAUCGGUAGCUUAAUUAUUUCGGCUAUAGACAAUAUACACAGAGACGGCGACGUAUCUUAGAAAGUAGAGCAUUUUUUCUCCGGACCAUUUUUUUCUCACAUCGUCAUGACAUCCGGUGAUGGGUCGGAACAGAGUCGGCGGUUUUGUGUGUUAUCUUGGGAGCAGGUGCAACGUUUGGACUCUAUUCUUGGCGAGACGGUUCCCAUUCACGGGCGUGGAAACUUUCCGACGCUUUCAGUUCAGCCCCGACAAAUUGUACAGGUUGUCCGAGCACGGCUUGAGGAACAGGGGGUGGCUGUACGGGACGUAAGGUUGAAUGGCUCUGCUGCCAGUCACGUUCUGCACCAGGACACAGGGCUGGGUUACAAGGACUUGGACCUGAUCUUUGGAGUUUCGUUGUCAGAUGACCAAGCCUUCCAUCUGAUUAAAGAUGUGGUUCUAGACAGCCUGCUGGACUUUCUCCCAGCGGGGGUGAGUAAGGAGCGCAUCACAGCACUGACGCUGAAGGAGGCAUACGUGCAGAAGCUGGUGAAGGUCUGUAAGGACACAGACCGCUGGAGCCUCAUCUCCCUCUCCAACAACACAGGCAAGAACGUGGAGCUCAAGUUCGUGGACUCUCUGAGACGGCAGUUUGAAUUCAGUGUGGACUCUUUUCAGAUAAGUUUGGACUCACUGCUGCUUUUCGACCGCUGCUCAGGGACGCCCAUGUCCGAGAACUUCCACCCCACCGUGAUGGGCGAGAGUGUAUACGGGGACUUUGAGGAGGCUCUCAGUCACUUGUGCCACAAAAUCAUCGCUACACGCAGCCCUGAAGAGAUCCGGGGCGGCGGGCUCCUGAAGUACUGCCACCUUUUAGUGCGAGGUUUCCAGCCCAGAUCAGAGACCGAGAUGAAAUCGCUUCAGCGCUACAUGUGCUCACGGUUUUUCAUUGACUUCCCAGACAUUGGUGAGCAGCAGAGGAAGCUGGAGGCCUACUUGCAGAACCAUUUUGCCGGCAUGGAGCACAAGCGUUAUAACUGUCUAGCAACACUACACCACGUAGUCAAUGAGAGUACGGUGUGCUUGAUGGGACAUGAGCGACGUCAGACAUUAAACCUAAUUGCCAUGCUGGCACUUCAGGUGCUCGCUGAGCAGAACGCCCUGCCCACUGUUACCAAUGUUACAUGCUACUACCAGCCCGCACCGUAUGUACGGGAUGUUAACUUCAGUAACUACUAUGUAGCUCAUGUGCAGCCAAUGAUCCACACAUGCAGUAACACCUAUCAGACAUGGCUGCCCUGUAACUGAUUCACAAAACUCUAGCCAUUGUACCCACUUUCCUGUGGGGUGAUGUGCAAGCACAGUGAAUAACCUGAUUGUUUUGGUCUCUAUAGUGUAAAAUGAGAUUAUUAACAAAGGCAAACUGAGGUUAGUUCAUUUAUUUUGGUACAAAUGAAUUGGACUGAUCAUUUACUGCUGUAUCUCUGAUAUGAGCCAAUUCUAAUGCAUAUCCUGUUGCAUUCUCUUUUAAUUUUUUUGCUGAUCAGAUAUAUGACAGUUGAUCUUUCAAUUGUAGCAGCUGUUAUGGCUUGGAUUUACAUUUUUUGUCUAUUUUUUGUCUACAUUGCCAUUUGCCAGGAUUAGGGAUAUGUGUGUUGGAAGAAAAGGCUGCAUUUUUGAGGUAAUGAGUUAAAAAGUUAUAGUUUUUUCUCUUGCCCUACUGUGGUUUUAAUCACACUGUUUUUCUCUCUCAGUUCUUUAAGGGACCAAAGUCAUUUUAUUUUUGUUAAGAAGGGAAUGUUUAUUGUAAUUUCAAGUGCCUGCAACCAAACCCAUGUACAAAAAAGCAAGAACCACAUGUCCUCAAGAUCCUUGGUCUCCCAAAUUAAAUGUAAAUCUUUAUUUUUCAGGGAUGGAUACAUGUAUUUUUAUGGAAUAAACC